AUGAUGAAGAUAUGGUCUAUGGUAGGAGGAAUCAAGUCACGCAGUCAUGGACACUGUUCUGAUGAUGAUAUCCAGAAACAACAGCAGCAAAAAGAUGAGCAAGCGCAGGGGACAACUCAGAAAAAGAAGAAGGUCACGGCUGCCCAACUCCGUGUUCAAAAGGAUCUCAGUGAACUAUCUCUUGGGUCCACCAUGAAGACGACGUUUCCAAAUCCUGACGAUAUCCUCAAUUUCACGCUCACGAUCGAACCAGACGAGGGCAUGUACAAGGGAGGAAGCUUCGUCUUCAACUUUGCUAUCAACCAGAACUUCCCCCACGAUCCGCCCAAAGUUAAAUGCACUCAGAAGAUCUACCACCCCAAUAUCGAUCUGGAGGGUAAUGUCUGCUUGAACAUCCUCCGAGAAGAUUGGAAACCUGUGUUGAAUCUGAACGCCGUGAUUGUCGGCAUGCAGUUCCUCUUCCUCGAACCCAAUGCAUCUGAUCCGCUCAACAAAGAAGCUGCAGAGGAUCUCAGAAACAACCGAGAAGGAUUCAGACGAAAUGCGAGAACGGCAAUGGGCGGCGGCGCGGUUAGAGGCCAAACCUAUGACCGAGUCUUGCGAUGA